AUGUCGUCCGGCGAGAUACAGACGGACGACAUUGUGCGCCAUGCCUUGUCAUCCGGAAAGCAAGUUUACGUCCCGUAUCUUCACAAAUCACCUUUUCCUUCCGAGGAGACGCCGCCCAGGGUCAUGGACAUGGUCCGUUUGCGCGAUCUUCAAGACUACGAGUCGCUGCAGCCGGACAAAUGGGGCAUUCCCAGCAUUGACCCGGCCACCAUCGACCAGAGACAACGCGUCCUGGGUGAGCAUGGAGCCGAAUCCCCAGAAUCCUCUUUCUUGGACCUUAUGCUGCUCCCAGGAGUUGCUUUUGACAUUGACCCCCAGUCAGGUUCGCUGCGAAGACUAGGCCAUGGCAAGGGAUUUUAUGACCUCUUUAUUCGACGUUACGCUGCUAAGUACAACAACAUUUCGUCAGUAGCGACAAAGCCUCUGAUGCUCUUUGGCCUGGCUCUAUCAGAGCAAUUUCUCUCCCAGGCGUCAGAUAGCACAGUUCCCGUCGCACAACACGACCAGCCGCUCGAUGGCGUGGUCCUCGGCAGCGGGGAGGUUAGGAGGCCGGCGGAAAGCUUCAAAAACCGCUGA